AUGCAUCUAACAUUGCGAUGUGCAUUUCAAGCAGGAAAAAGCUUGCGACAUGUGGUAAAUGGUCAAUGGGUCACUUCGCAUUAUCUAAAAUGUCCAAGAGAAAAGGAUGUUCGUUGGGCUAGGAUUGAUAUGAAACGAGAAGUGGAAAGUUAUGAUAUUGUUAUUGUGGGUGCUGGACCAGCUGGUUUAUCAUCGGCUAUUCGUUUUAAGCAACUUUCGAAAGAGAAGAAUAUUGAUAUUCGCGUUUGUGUGGUUGAGAAAGGAGCUGAAGUUGGUGCGCACACAUUAUCUGGUGCAGUGAUUGAUAUUCGAGCCUUAAAUGAACUUUUUCCGAAUUGGAAAGAAAUGGGUGCUCCUGUCUACCAGAAAGUUACUUCUCAGUCGAUGGCGAUUUUGACAAGAAAUGGUCGAUAUGGAUUACCUUUUGUUCGCGGAAGUCCACUUGAUAAUAUAGGGAACUAUAUUGUCAGGUUAGGCCAUCUGGUGAAAUGGCUUGGCGAAAGAGCAAUAGAAUUGGGAGUAGAAAUUUAUCCGGGAAUAGCGGCUCAGGAAAUUCUAUUUCAUGAAGAUGAAAGUGUAAAGGGCGUUGCAACAGCUGACGUUGGAAUAAUGAAGGAUGGUGCACCAAAGAAAAAUUUUCAACGGGGCAUGGAAUUGCAAGCAAAAUGUACAAUAUUUGCUGAAGGUUGCCGUGGACAUCUUUCCAAUUUUAUAAUGGAAAAGUACCGCUUGCAAGAAGAAUGCGAUCCAAUGACUUAUGGUCUUGGUUUCAAAGAAUUAUGGUUAAUAGAUAAAUCAAAGCACACUCCUGGCUAUGUGGAACAUACCAUCGGAUAUCCACUGGAUCUUCAAAGCCAUGGUGGAUCGUUCAUGUAUCACAUCGAAGACAAUGGUCAGCCUCUUGUUUCUCUCGGCCUUAUAAUUGGUCUAGAUUACAAGAAUCCUCAUACAAAUUUGUAUCAGGAAUUCCAGUUGUUCAAGUCUCAUCCAUCCAUUCGUCAUUAUCUCGAAGGUGGGGAGCGAAUUGCAUAUGGUGCUAGAACAGUGAAUGAAGGAGGAUAUCAAACAGUACCUCAGCUAACUGUGCCUGGUGGAUGUUUGGUUGGUUGUGCAGCAGGGCUGAUGAAUCCAGCAAAGAUUAAAGGUGUUCAUAAUGCCAUGAAAAGUGGUAUGAUCGCAGCGGAAGCAAUAUUCGAGGAUCUAGGUCCACACACACGAACAGUAAUUCCGGAAGAUUUCGAGCCAGAACUAUACAAAAGCUACGUAAUUAAAGAAAUGCAACGAAUGCGCAAUGUUCGUCCGUCUUUCAGUAGUCGUUUCGGAUGGAUAGUUGGCUUACCUUAUACUGCAUUUUUUUAUAUGUUACUACGUGGAAAUGAACCAUGGACCUUCAAAAAUAAAAUUGAAGACUGGUUUCAGACAGAUUCAGCGUGGAAAUCGAAAUCUAUUAACUACCCGAAACCUGACGGCAAAGUGACAUUUGAUAUUCUGUCUUCAGUGGCUUUGACUGGCACAAAUCAUGAAGAAAAUCAGCCUUCUCAUCUGUUAUUGAGAAAUGAUGCCGAUGCUGAGUUAACUACAUGGCGUAGGUUUGCUGGCAUGACUGAACGGUUCUGUCCGGCAGGUGUUUAUGAAUAUGUGCCAUGCGAAACUAAAGUCGAUACAAGAAGGCUUCAAAUAAAUUUCCAGAAUUGUAUUCACUGUAAAACAUGUGAUAUCAAGGAACCACGCAAUAAUAUUCAAUGGGUUGCACCAGAAGGAGGCAAUGGUCCGAAGUACAAUGGGAUGUAA